CCGCGGAGGGCCUCAUGAGGGCCGAUUCCGAGCGGAGGCGGGCUUUGCGGGAGAGCCGCCGCUGUCUCGGCCAGCCCUCCUCCGAACUUCAUCUUCCAGCAGGGGAGCGAGCCCUCGCCGGACGUGUUCUUCCUGCACCCCGCCGUGCACAACUGCCACGCGGUGGAGUACCUCUUCUCGGGGUCGGCGUUCAAGCCGAAGGUCCUCGUGAUCCCGAUCAACCCGCUGGUGCCCCCGCCCUUCGAGGUGACGCCGCGCUUCGAGGCGUGGUGGCACUCGCUGCGCCCGGCACUGCGCUCCGUGCCUCUGGCGCGCCGCUGGUUCCAGCACGGGCAGGAGGAGGAGGAGGAGGAGGAGCUGGACGCCGGGGCGGGAGAGCCCGGCGCGCUGGACGACUACCUGUCGCCCGCCUUCUGGCUGGCCCAGUGCUCGCUGGCGGCGGUGGGCGCGCUGCUGGAGCGCCUGGCCAAGAAGCGCUUCAGGUACUCGCUGCACCACCUCGAGGGCGGCUUCGCGGUGUACGUGCGCGUGGACCUGCAGAGUGCCCUGGCGCCGGGGCGCGGGGCGCCCAGGCCGGCCAGCUGCUGGCUGGACGGGUGGUUCUGCGCGCCGGACAGCCGCCCAUCAUCUUCGCGCGGCUGGAGCUGGCCGCCGGGGCCAGCGUCGUGAAGCUGGCGGACCCCGACGUGCCCAGCGGGGAGAAGGAGGCCAUCCUCUGCGGCCUGCUGGAGGACCACCGGGUGCCGGUGCUGAAGAGGAACUUCGACUGCAUGGGCUUCCGCGGCUCCGACGGCUGGGCCGGGGCAGACGGGCCAGGCGCCGCCACGGGGUCCUGCGUCAGCCACGACCACCGGGGCUGGGGCAACGAUGCUGCGGUCUUCGACUCCAUCCAGCGCUCCCCCCGUGCCUGCCAGGCGCGCUGCGCGGCGUCCAACUGCAGCUACUGGACGUUCGACCCCACGGCGAUGUACGGGAGCCAGCUCUGCUGGGUCUGGAUCGGCGGCAGGCCAGCGGAGGUCAAGUUCGAGAAGGGCUGGGUGUCCGGCGACGCGGAGUGCAGUGCGGCUCUGAGCUCUGGCCCCGAGGACGCCCGCGCGGCUUCGGCGCCAGCACAGGCGGCCCCGGACAGCAGCCCGGCCCGGGCCGAGGUCCGCGGCCCCGGCGGCGCGCCGGCAGAGGGGCGCGAGCUCUUCAAGCUGUGGGCCGUGGAGCAGGCGCAGGAGAUGCCCGGCAUGCGCUUCUUCCUCGAAGCAGGUAGCCGCGGCCGCUGCGUUCGCGGCUUCUGCGAGUGCUUCCCGCCCUACCGCGGCCCGCUGUGCGAGCAGCUGGACUCGGGCCCACGGGACGCGUCGCGGAACUUCUCCGGGGUGCUGCAUUACUUGACGUCGGACGACGAAGACGAUGUUCAGGACAUCCGGCACUCGUUGCCGCGCUUGUGGGAGCGCUUCAACGGUCGCUUCGACUACCCAGUCGUGAUCUUCCACGACGGAUUGUCUGAGGAGCACAGGAGGCAAAUAGUGCGGGCUUCGGAGAAUCGGGUGUGGUUCGCCUACGUGGAUGAUUACUUGUCGGUCCCCGAGAUGAUCACCGAGGACCCUGUUCGUCGCGCUCGGCUGGAUGAGGUCAAGUGGUCGCUGGGCUACCGUGGCAUGUGCAGAUUCCGCAGCGGCACUAUCUUUUUGCAGCCUGCGCUGCGGAAUUUCCAGUACGCCAUGACUCUGGACACGGACGGCUACUUUCCAGCGGAGGUCGUUUCGGACCCGAUUGCGGCUAUGCACGAAGGUGGCUACGUGUACACUUUCUCGCACCUGCUGCCAGACCUGCCCAGCGCAGUGAAGCACUUCUGGGAUUACACGCUGCUGUACAUGCGCAUGAAGGGGAUCAACCCGCGAGGCACGCCCAUACUCGAGCAGUUCGUGCGCGAAGACGAUCUCCAGUGGAACUACCAGCUUUACAUGAACGAUAUCGAGAUUGUGCAGCUGGACUGGUUCCGGUCGGAGCCCUACCAGGACUAUUUCCGUUACCUGGACUCCGUCGGAGGCUUCUGGCUUCAUCGAUGGGGCGACCACGCGGUCCGCACCAUCGCGGUCGGCAUGUGGCUGCCAGAGGACAAGGUGUAUGAGAUGGACGUUCCGUACGGCCAUCAGAACUAUUGCAAGUGCAGUGGGGCCCACCCAGACCUCGAGUGCGUGAGGGAGGGCGACGUCGGGGGAGAGCCUGCCAAGUGGUGGAUCUGCACUUCGGAGGCGCACCCGCUGCUCGACCUGUCUAGCCUGGCCUACAGCAACCUCGGCGGCGCAGGCCCCGACGCCGACGCGGGCACGCCGGAGAUCGUCUACAGCAAGGCGCUGGACGGCGGGGCCACCGACCUGCGGAUCAGCGCGCAGGGCAUCCACAACAACGAGGGCACCGCGGGCUCGUCCAGAAACGUGAACUCGGGCGCCGGGCGCCAGAUCGGGACGGUGAACCUGCGCAGGGGGAGCAACGCCGACCUGCACUUCCGGUUCGUGAAGGCGCACGCUCACAGUACGCCGGCCAGGGUGCCGCAGACGUACGUCACGAUGUUCAUCCCGGACGACGGCGUGGAGUCCGUCAGCGUGACGCAGUACCAGGAGUUCUGCUUCCCCAGCAGCAGCGUCGUGCGACAGGGCAAAGGUGCCGGCGGGAGGGAGAUGUUCUUCGCGGCUGGCAGCCCCUUCCAGGCCGCCGGCCGGCUCGGGGCGCCGCCCAGCGACGCGAGCCGGCUGAAGCCCGACGAG